ACCGCGGUAACCUACCGCACAAAGAGCCUUCAGGUUAGCAGUCACGAGCUGUUCGGGAGUCCGGUCACUUCCUACAAACUGCAUCCUGCUGACAGGGAAGUUGAUCCGAGUGUUUUUUAUUUCAUACUCCACAGUUUGCUUCUGUACCGAGAGACACGAUGCUUUCUCUGGAGCAAGUGAAGCAGAGUUUGGAGAGAGCGGGGCAGGCUCACGUCCUGCAGUUCUGGCCAGAGCUGAGUGGUCUGGAGAGGGACGCUUUCCUCCAGGAUCUGUCCCAGUUGGACCUGCAGCGGCUCCGGGAGCACUGUGAGGGGGCCGCCCGGGCUGCAGCCGCCCCGCCCGGCAGCCUGGACCGGCACAUAGAGCCUGUCCCCCCGGAGAGCAUCGGCAGCGUGAGGAGGAGCGGCUCAAAGGCUCUGACCGAGUGGGAACAUGAAGGGCUGUUGCAAAUCUCACAGAAUCGAGUUGGAGUCCUGCUGCUGGCCGGGGGUCAGGGGACCCGUCUGGGUGUUCAGUACCCCAAAGGGAUGUAUAACGUUGGGCUACCAAGCAGCAAAACCUUGUAUCAGAUCCAGGCAGAGCGCAUUCACAAGAUCCAGCAGCUGGCUGACAGGAAGUAUGGCUCCAAAUCCACCGUGCCCUGGUACAUAAUGACCAGUGAGUUCACUCUGGCUCCCACUGAGAAGUUCUUCAAGGAGAACCACUACUUUGGUAUGGAGCCCUCAAACAUUGUUAUGUUUGAGCAGAGGAUGAUCCCAGCAGUGACCUUCGAUGGAAAGGUCAUCUUGCAGGGGAAAGGAAAGCUAGCCAUGGCCCCAGAUGGGAAUGGAGGACUGUACCAGGCGCUGGUGGACAACAAGGUGCUGGAGGACAUGAAGAAGAGGGGAGUGGAGUACCUGCACGUGUACUGUGUGGACAACAUCCUGGUCAAAAUGGCCGACCCUGUGUUCAUUGGGUUCUGUGUGAGCAAAGGGGCCGACUGCGGAGCCAAGGUGGUGGAGAAGGCAUGCCCUGCGGAGCCGGUGGGGGUGGUCUGCAGGGUGCGGGGGGUCUCCCAGGUGGUGGAGUACAGUGAGAUCCAGCCGGAGACAGCGGAGCUGCGAGGACCUGGGGGAGGGCUGGUGUACAGCGCUGGAAACAUCUGCAACCACUUCUUCACCAGGGCCUUCCUGCAGGACGUGGCAGAGAAGUUUGAAGGCCAACUGAAACAGCAUGUCGCAUUAAAGAAAGUGCCCUUUGUGGACUCAUGUGGCAAUCAAGUCAAACCCAUCAAACCUAAUGGCAUAAAGAUGGAGAAAUUUGUGUUUGAUGUCUUUCCAUUCUCAAGGAACUUCGUUGCAUUUGAGGUUGUGAGGGAGGAUGAGUUCUCCCCCCUGAAGAACGCAGGCGGAGCUGCUACAGACACCCCCACCACGGCCCGGGCCUCUCUGCUGACUCAGCACCUGCGCUGGGCGGCCGCUGCAGGAGCCACUCUGUGUGAUGAACACGGGAACACCCUCCCUGCUCCAAGUGCAUCAGCAGGGGACACUGCUCCAGCGCAGUGGGAGAUUUCACCGCUGGUCUCCUACUUUGGAGAGGGCCUGGAGAUGCUGAAAGGGAGGACGCUGCAAACUCCGCUCAUUCUGGAUGAAGAAAAGGCCAUAGAGCUGCGGGCUCAGCAGCACCUCUGUGAAAAAUAAAGUAGUGUGAGAGGAGCAUAGAUUCAGUGAGCUGGAGCGAAGGAUGGAGAAGAUAACUGGGAUGGAUUCAGCCUAAAAUUGUUGUUUUAAAUACAUUUUUUAACUGUAUUUGAAGAUAAUCAAAUCAAACUGUCAUACAUGUCAUGUCAUUCUCUCUUUGUUGAGGAACAUCUACAUAUCAUGGGAUUUAAAACCAAUAGAACAAAAUUAAGGGACGAGCAAUGAGUUUAUUUUAUUUUUACAUGUUUCUAAAAAUAUAUACAAAAGAAUACAACCUAUAUCCUUUCCCUGU